AUGGACAACGAACGGCUUAUAGACGAAUCUGACUCAAGCAUACCUGAGCCAGCUAAACAAUUAGGAUCAAUAAAAGUAGAGGAACCACCCACAAAUGAUAUGGCAAAAACAAAAUCCCGUUAUCUUACUCCCCCUUUAAAUUCCUUCAAAAUAAUACAAAAUUUUGUUUUACUUUGAAAACUUUAUAGGUAAAAGUAGAAUUAGUUUAGCCUAAUUUAACGAAAAAGUCAAGUAAAUACUAUUUAAACAGUUUCACACCGUAUCAAUUAACCUUUUGAAUUAUUUCUUUAUAAAAAUAAAUUAAAAUUCAAAAGAAACAAAUUUCGCUCCCUUAAAUUGAUAAGGAUUUUUGUUAAAAUUUGAAAGGGGAGUUAUGCUUUUUUUUGCAUGCUUUUUAUGCUUUGGAAACUAUUACAUUUACGAUAAUCCCUCAGCACUGCAACCUCAACUCGAAAAAGUAAUUUAUAGUUAGCGACUUAACAUGAACAGCUUCGAGUUUAAUAUGCUUUACUCAGUUUACUCAUUUCCUAACGUCAUCUUACCUUUGUUUGGAGGCUAUUUUAUUGAUGCUAUUGGUGUGAGAUGGGGCAUUAUUAUCUUCUCAGGCUUUAUUUGUCUAGGACAAGCUAUUUUUGCUAUUGGUGUAGACGCAGGGUCUUAUCCAAUUGCAGUUAUAGGGCGCUGUGUGUUCGGCUUGGGAGGAGAAAGUCAAAAUGUUGCACAAAGCACAAUUGUAUCAGCUUGGUUUUCUGGUAAGGAAUUAGCUAUGGCUUUAGGCAUGAACGUCAGUAUAUCAAGGCUUGGAAGUGUUUUUAAUGAUCUCACAGAGCCAGCCUUCGAUUCUUUGACUGGAUCUGUUGAUUUUGGGAUCUGGUUUGGCUUCGGCCUAUGCUUGGCAUCAAUGGCAUGCGGAUUCGCGCUAAUUGCUAUGGAUAAGAAAAGAGACAUCAAAUUAGGCGUUCUUGACAAGAAAAUUGAAAGCGAUAAGGUGAAAUGGUCUGACCUAAAAACGUUUAAUUUCAGCUUUUGGCUCAUUUCAAUCAAUUGCUUAGUUGUAUAUAUUUGUGUGCUUUGCUUUAACAAUAUAGCAAGCGACUAUUUUCAGACAAGAUUUGGGUUCAGCUCAGUUAUUGCAGGAGUGUUAAUUUCUAUUACUUAUUCUAUUUCUGCAGUUUUGUGCCCAAUUAUUGGGUUUUACAUAGACCGCGUUGGAAAUAGGGCGACUCUUAUAACGAUUUCAGCUGUCAUUAUGGUUAUAGUUCACACAAUUUUCAUUAUAAUUCCUGAUUGUGAUCAAUGCGCAUGGGGAGCCCUUGAUUUGGUUUUGCUUGGGCUUGGAUACUCAUUAUAUGCAUCUGUUAUGUGGGCGUCCGUUCCUUUAGUUGUUGAGCCGAAGACAGUUGGGUCAGCUUUUGGCAUAGUGACUGCUAUACAAAACUUUGGCCUUGCCUUUGGACCAAUGGUAGUUGGGGCAAUUCAUGAUAAUUCUUCUGGAGAAGAUGGCUAUUUGUGGGUCUCAUUUUUUUUCAUUAUUAUGGGAAUUCUUGGAGUUAUAACAGCUAUUAUCCUCCAAAUUAAUGAUAAAAAAACUGGAGGUGUCCUCAACUCAAGCAAUCCAAAGGAAGCAUUAAAAUUAAUGUUAACAACAAAGAAAGCUACGAUAGUAAGUGACCAGUCGCUUCAUGAACACUUAGAUACAGUCGAUAAAGAGAAAAACGGUUUAAAUAAUGACGAAAAGAGUAGUUCAUAA